AUGCCGGAAGCCAUCUUUCUAAUUUCCACUCUUUCUUCUUCUUCUAACACCAUUGCUACCCACAUCGACCGCCUAAGUAAGAAACAUCCUAAGAACAAUCAGGGAUUUGAAGGUGGUUGUGUGGCUAGGUUCCUUGGCAGGCUUUCUUUUGAACCUUUGAAAGAAAAUCAUCUCUUUGGUCCUUCUUCUAAUACAUUGGAAAAAUUGGGAGCCUUAAAAUGGGACAAGGUAGUGCAUGGCAAUCAAGCAUGGAGGCUUAUCACUUGCAUCUAGCUGCACGCUGGUGUUAUUCAUCUGCUUGCAAACAUGUUGAGCUUGAUCUUCAUUGGAAUUCACCUUGAACAACAAUUUGGAUUCAUGCGUGUUGGGCUUAUCUAUCUAUUGUCCGGUUUUGGUGGUAGCGUACUAUCGUCUCUUUUCAUUCAACGUAGCGUUUAUUGGUGCCUCGGUGCUUUAUUUGGCCUUCUUGGAGCAAUGUUGUCGAGGCUGGCGACUAAUUGGACUAUCUAUACAAAUAAGGUCAGCUCGAUCACACUCACGGUCAUCAUUGUCAUUAACUUAGCGUUGGGGAUUCUUCAUCACGUCGACAACUUUGCGCAUAUUGGAGGUUUCUUAACGGUUUUCUCCUCGAGUUCGUUUUGUGCUUCGUCCCCAAUUCGGUGGGUGGGACGUAAACAUCCUGCCGGUGCUCGUGUAACAUCUAAGCAUAAGGCAUACCAAUACCUAUUUUUGGUGAUAGAUGUUUUACUCAUUGUUGGUUUCACAGUGGGGUUGGUAAUCUUGUUUAGAGGAGAGAAUGGACAUGACCAUUGCAAUUGGUGCCAUUAGAAUUGUGUUCCUACAUCAAAAUGGCACUGUGGGAACUAA